GGGGUAGCGGCUGCGCGCCGCCGUCACGUGACAUCCCGGCCCCUCCACUGGGGCACGUGACGGCGCGGUCACGUGGGGGGGCGGCAGCCAUGGCGGCGGCGCGAAGGCUGCUGCCUCGCUGGGCGGGAUCGCUGCGACCGAUCAGCGCCGCGGCCGCCGGCGCCCUCCCGCCCCGCGUGAAGGUGGUGGAGGUGGGGCCGCGCGACGGGCUGCAGAACGAGCAGAGCAUCGUGCCGACGGCCGUGAAGAUCGGGCUGAUCAACAUGCUGUCGGAGACAGGGCUGCAGGUCAUCGAGGCCACCAGCUUCGUGUCACCGCGGUGGGUGCCCCAGAUGGCUGACCAUGUUGAAGUCAUGCAAGGAAUCAAUAAGUUGCCUGGUGUCAGUUACCCCGUCCUGACCCCAAAUCUGAAAGGAUUUCAGGCAGCGGUGGCAGCAGGAGCCAAGGAAGUGUCCAUCUUUGGAGCAGCGUCUGAGCUCUUCACCAAGAAGAACAUCAACUGCUCCAUAGAGGAGAGCCUGCAGAGGUUCAGCGAAGUGAUGAGUGCCGCACGAGCAGCCAGCAUUCCUGUCCGGGGAUACGUUUCCUGUGUCCUUGGAUGUCCCUACGAAGGGAAAAUUUCUGCAGCUAAAGUUGCAGAGGUCUCGAAGAAGAUGUACUCGAUGGGAUGCUACGAGAUCUCCCUCGGUGACACCAUUGGCAUCGGGACCCCAGGGAGCAUGAGGGAGAUGCUGACAGCAGUCAUGAAGGAGGUGCCAGUUGGGGCUCUUGCUGUCCACUGCCAUGAUACCUAUGGGCAAGCUCUUGCCAACAUCUUGGUAGCACUUCAGAUGGGUGUGAGCGUGGUUGAUGCUUCUGUUGCUGGCCUUGGAGGGUGCCCCUAUGCCAAAGGAGCAUCAGGAAAUGUUGCUACAGAGGACUUGGUGUACAUGCUGAACGGUCUGGGCAUCCGCACGGGUGUGGACCUGCAGAAGCUGAUGGACACUGGUACAUUUAUUUGCAACGCGCUGAACAGAAGAACCAACUCGAAGGUGUCCCAGGCCUCCUGCAGACUGUGACACUGGAUCAGGCGUGUCUGUGGGUCAAGCAGAAAGCGUUGGUCUGGAGCCAGCCGGGCUUCCCUUCUGUGCUG